AUGUCUCAUAUAAAUGGCGUUACUUAUCCGAUGGAAAAGCACCAUUCCAAGGACCAAAAACUAAAAAAUCGAUUGCUUCAUUAUCCAAAUCUUCCAGAACCUAGAAAUUGUGAAACUUUUACACUUUUUGAUCCUACCACUGGUGAAAUACAUUCAAUGGUUCGAAAAUCUACGAAAAAUCGUGAAACAACCGAUGAACAAAAAAGCAAUAAAGGUAAAGAAAGAUCUCGAGAAGAUUUUCAAACUCAUCAUGGUAGAAAAGAUUCAAUGACAAGAAGUAUGACGAUGGGUAAAUUAGAUCGUGAAAUGUUGGACAAAAUAAAAAAUGAUCGUAGUAGUAGAAGAAUGUCACAAAUUCGAUGGUCCACUAUUGUUAAUGACAUUCCAAAACAAGUAGAACUUUCAACACUUGAUGAACCUCAAAAAGAAACCUGA